AACAAAAUGAUGAACAAAAUUAGAACAACCCAGCCUCACAGUUUUGAGCCAAAGACCAGCCCAGACAAGGAUAACAAAGACGUCUACAAGUGGAUGCAUCGGAAUGGAGCAGAGCGAGGAGAUUGUGGCCCACCUGUUGUAGAUUUUAGGCCAUAACUAAAACUGCUUUUUAAAACUGCAUUUUCACCAUUUUUACAACAAUUUGAAUAAAUAAACACUUAGAAAUCCAAUUGUAAUGUUAAAAUGCUUCAUUUAUGUCCUUGAACGUGUAAAAAAAAAAUUGCAAAAGCACAAUAUUAAUUGGAGUGGUCUCUAAAAAUAAAUAAGUUAAAAAAAGAUUUCUACUAAAUAUAUUUCCAAGACAAUUAUAAUCUCUUUCAUGAGAAAAAUUCCACAAGAACAUGUGUAAAAAAUACCAAAAGCACUUUUUUCGUGUAUUUCACGACAAUUUUUAAAGUGCACAAAACUAUUCAAACAGAUCAGCUAAAAGUUGGUUAUGUUUAGGGGCCCCUUCUGGGCUAAGGCCCCCCUGCACUGGUUUGGGCGGCAGCGCCCCUGCAGAGGUGAAUGAAGCGCUGCUGAAUGGAGGGUUUGUGUGUGUCUGCUGUGUGUGUGCUGCGCGGCGCUGCUCCACCUCAGGACGCAGCUGCAGCGCCUCCACCGCCCGCCUGAAUGAAUGGAGGUCUGAGGAGAUAAGCUGCAGCUGCACAGAAAUCCACUCCGGGAGCUGCAGCCUUAAAGGCCGAGGAGGAGCCGCUGCUGCACCGACACGCGUCCCCCGGCAGACCGGGGCGAGCAACAGGUUUUCUCACCGACAACCUGCGGUGGUUUGUUAGUGAACUUUGGGGGGGAUGCCCGUCUGCGGCCGCUCAGACAGUCUCGCUUUCAGGCAGCAUGACGGGAGCGAGAGCGGCGUAGAUGUUAGGCUUUUUCUCUGAUUGAUUGAAGCCGCCACGCCGACACACACGCGGGAAGGAUCGCGCGCACAGAUGGUACCGAACAAGUGGACCAUGAAUUCGGUUCUGCACAAAUCUCCCCCAAGGAGCUGGCUGGGGCUCAAGCUGCGACUGAAUGAUAAGCCGGUCCAGGAGGAAGACUGGGUGCCGUGCCAGCACCCCGAGUGUCCUGACCGUCGCAGGGCCUCCAAGGUCUGCCACCACCCGGACUGUCAGGACCAGAAUAACAAAAGCCCGUUUCACCUGUGCGAGUCAUGUGACUCGCGCUGCCACUCGGAGAACAACAUGCACUUUGACCGGCACCCUCGCUUUGACUUGCAGCCUCAAGCGUCCAUCCUGGCCCGAAACGUGUCCACACGCUCCUGCCCCCCACGCACCAGCCCCCCCUCCGAUCUGGAGGAAGAGGAUGAGGGGAGCAACGACCGCGGGGAGCGUAAAAGUGUGGGGAUGAAGUUGGGGAAGAAGAAGCAGCGGAGACGACACACCGACGACCCCAGCAAGGAGUGCUUCAGCCUGAAGUUUGACCUCAGCGUGGACAUCAGCACAGAAAUCGUACCUGCUGUGAAAAAGAAGACUCUAAAAGAGGUUCUUGGGCCGGUGUUUGAAAGGAAUGGCAUUGAGCUGUCACGGGUGGACCUGUUCCUGGAUCAGUCCAAUACUCCGCUGUCCCUCAACUUUGAGGCCUACCACUUUGGAGGACACUACCUUAAAGUUAAAGCAAAGCCAGGGGAUGAGCUGAAGGUGGAGCAGGGCGUGAAGGACAUGAAGUCGCUCAGUUUGCCCAUCAUGAAGCCUUCUGGGAGUCAAAGUCCGUACAUUCUCACCCCGGUGGGGGAGUCUCUGGCACUGCGUGAAAGCUUGGACCUUUUGGGUCAGGCGCGACAGAGGAAGAAUAUGACCAAGUUCCUGGGAGAGAACAUCAUUCCCACCCCGGACUCCCUUGGGCAGCUGGGGGGCUCCCUGCCCAGCGUGGGACCCGGGCCCGACCGAUGGAAGAACCGCGCCGCCAGCCGCUUCAGCGGCUUAUUCAGCUCCAACGCCGGAGCGGGCUCCUUUGAAAAGGAGGUGGAUCGUCUGGAGCAGCUCCAGAGCAAGCUGGACUCCUACUCCAAGUAUGGACUGCCCAAGGUGCCCUGGCAGCUCUCCUUCCACCAGGACUCCUGGGAAGAAGAGGAGGAGGAGGCCAACCUGAUCCUGGAGGACAGCUGGAAGGAGCUGCUGGAUGACCCCGAGACUCUGACGAGGCGGCAGUUCCACCAGCAAGAAGCCAUUUGGGAGCUUCUGCACACGGAGGCUGCCUACAUCAAGAAACUGCGAGUCAUCACGGACCUGUUCAUGUGCGGGCUGCUGAACCUGCAGGAGAGCGGCCUGCUGACCGAGGUGGAGCCCACCAAGCUGUUCAGCAACAUCCAGGAGAUUGUUCGCCUUCACACCUCUCUGUGGAACCAGGUCAUGCUGCCCGUGCUGCAGAGGGCCAGGGAGGCCCGGGCUUUGCUGGACCCCACACACCUGUACGAUGGCUUCAGAACGUUUGACUCGCGGUUCCAGCCGUACAUCCGUUACUGCAUGGAGGAGGAGAGCUGCAUGGAGUACAUUCGCACGCUGCUCAGGGACAACGAGCUCUUCAGGAAAUACAUCACGUGGGCGGAGACUAAAAAACAGUGCAACCGACUGAAGCUGGCGGACAUGUUGGCAAAGCCUCAUCAGCGUCUGACCAAAUACCCCCUCCUGCUGAAGAGCGUCUUGAAGAAGACGGACGACCUGUCGGCGCGCGACAUUGUCAACAGCAUGGUGGUGACGGUGGAGAGGUUCAUCAACAGCGUGGACUCCCAGAUGCGACAGCGGCAGGAGCAGCAGAAGCUGGCCACCAUCUCUGCACGCAUAGACUCCUAUGAGGCUGUAGAGGGCAGCAGCGAGGAGGUGGAGAAGAUCCUCAAAGAGUACAACCGCUUCGAUCUCAUGGCUCCCAUGAGGGGAACGUCGCCGGAGGAGACUCGACAGCUGCAGCUGGAGGGAGCGCUGAGGAUGAAAGAGGGCAAGGACAGCAGGAUGGACGUGUACUGCUUCCUGUUCACUGACCUGCUGCUGAUUACCAAACCGGUGAAGAGGCUGGAGAAGGUUAAGGUUAUCCGCCAGCCCCUCCUUAUCCACAACAUCGUCUGUAAGGAGCUGAAAGAUCCUGGCUCCUUCAUCCUCAUCUACCUCAAUGAGUUCAACAGUGCCGUGGCAGCCUACACUUUCCAGGCCAACAGCGCCACUCAGGGGCGAUGCUGGAUCGAUGCAAUCUACAACGUCCAGAAUCAGCUGCAGAGGCUUCGCAGUGAGGAGGACCUGCGGCGGCAGCAGCUCCCAAAGAGCUGCUCCGGGGUGGACAUUGACGAUGAGAGCAGCAACUCCACCACCAGUUCCCCAAUCCUGCCACAUAAAGAGCAGCAGAACUCCAGUCAUUCGGACGGCUCCACUGAGACCCUGUCGGUGAUGGACGUGGAGGAGCGAGCCGACCACCUGCAGCUCCCCAGGAUAAACAUCGAGCAACCCAAGGACCAAGACUCGGACGCGUCUCCUCCAUCCGAGAUGUCAGAGCUACAGAGCUCCUCUCAGCUGGAGGUGAACGGUCUGGAGGUGGAGGAGCUGGACGCUCAGUGCCGGUCUCUCUCCAUGGACAGCGCCUACGGUACCCUCUCCCCGGGGUCGCUCUCCCGGGAGCUGCAGCCGCCGCCCGGCCCGAGUGAAGGGGAGGAGACCGAGGAGGAGGAGGGAGAUCAGAUGAGUAAGACUGAGACAGAAACGGAGGAGCUGAAUGAUGAUGAUGAUGAUGAUGAAGAGGAGGAGGAAGCUGCCUCUCUGGGCUCUCAGGUGUCCAUCGUUCAGUCCAGUAAGCCUCGCCGGCGGCCUCACAUUCAGUCAAAGCUGCAGUGCCCGCAGCGGCUGUCCGCGCUGACGCUGUCGCGCUCCGAGGACAACCUCCUGCAGCGUUUCCACGGCGACGCCCCCAUCCCUCACGCGCGCUUAUUUGGCUCCGCCUCCCAAGAGUCGGAGUGCAGGGACACGGACUCAUCCCCGCGGGGGCACAGCAGGAGCCUGUCCGAGCUCUGCCAGGACGAGGAGGAGGACAGCGACCUCGGCCAAUUGGACGACUGCUUGAGCAUGGGCUUAACCUCGAACAAACUCAGAGGCGGGCCGAGCCACGGAAAGGCGCGGCACCGCCACAAAGCACCCAGCGGAUCUUGUGAGUUUGCAAGCGCUGACUACGCGUCCGCUCCUCCUGACUGUUUGGUGAAGAGGGCGAGCGUUGAUUCAGGGGAAACUCCGCCCAGCAAGACGAAGUCUUCACCCCAGCAGCACAAGAAGCUGACGCUGGCUCAACUGUACCGGAUGCGCACCACUCUGGUCCUCAACUCCACGCUGACGGCAUCGGAGGUGUAACCGCUCGUCUGAGCAGCCGGUUGGACUCCGCCGGGAACACUUGAGGACAGACCGAACUUCUUAAGACACAGAUGCACUCUCUCUUUAGUACUGCCCCCUCCCCCAACAUUUCAACAUCAAAAACACUUUUUUUGUUGUUUUUUUGGCAUUGUUCUGUUGCUUUCUUGAACUUCUGAACGGUCGGGGGAAGGCGGAGAGAUGUGCUUGCACUUUGCAACAGAAGUAGCAUUACAGGGUGGGGGUGGGACAUCCGGGAGGAGGCGUCCAGGUGGAGGUCUGACACCCUCAACCCCCCCGCGCUCCAUCCAAGAGGAGCUGAAGGCUGCACUUCUCCUCAAUCCUGCGUCAAAAAGCGCAGCACCGAAUCUUAG